AUGGCCGGUACCAAUCCUGUUGACCACAGAAGAAAAUGGGACAAAGCUCAUUUUGAGAAAUUGGCGAGUGAUAAACUUAGCAAUGAGUUAGAAGCUAUGCGAAAUGCUCGAAAAGAAAAGGAAACUAUGAAAAAGGAGUACUUAAAAGCUCGUGAUUAUACAAUUGACCUGGAAUCUAACCUGAACAAAUCUCAAGUUAUUGCAAAAACCGGACCAGGAUCUUCACAAGCAGGCUACUACUGUGAAGUUUGUGACUGUGUUGUGAAAGAUUCAAUUAACUAUUUGGACCAUAUAAACGGUAAAAAACAUCAAAGGAAUAUGGGAAUGUCAAUGAGGAUUAAGAGGUCAACUUUAGAAGAAGUUAAAGAAAGGUUUCAGCUUCACAAGCAAAAAUCCGAAGAAAAGGCGGAAGAGUACAGUUUAGAUGAAAGAAUGAAACAAAUUGCCGAGGAAGAAGAGAAAUUUAGGGCUUAUAAACAAGAAAAACGCAAAGAGAAAAAGCGUAGAAAUGAUGAACAGUUUGAAGAUUCCGACGUCGCAGCAGCUAUGGGAUUUGGUGGUUUUGGUAAGAGAUCAAAGUGA